GUAACAUAUUCAAAGCACACUAAGACAUAGAGCUACAAAAAAACAUGCUUCUCUUUCUUUGCUUCUUCGUAUUCCCUCUCACAUCGGCCAUUCAGAAAACAAGGAACUCCAUGCUUGGCCAUUCCCUCCUUGCAUCUCCCUACGACGAGACGGGUGUUGCGGAACUUUGGGAAUGCUACAAACUCUGCUAUGACGACAAAGAAAACUGCGCCAGCAUCAACUACGACAUGAAAAAAGGGAGAUGCAAACGCAUGAAGUUUACACACGUAGACCUGCCUCGCAAACUCGUGAAAAUGGAAAACUCUGUUUACGCGGAUAUAAGAGAUGGAUGUGUUGUCAACCAAUACCCUGUGGGGAUGGAAGAUGGCAGAAUUCCAGACUCAAGCAUUACGGCUUCGUCGUUUCACGGUUCUCACAUGUCCCCUUAUUACGGGCGCCUUAACAACCAACCAGUGAGUGGUCAACACAGCGGCGCAUGGGCAGCCUCGAAUCUACGAACAGGCGAGUACCUACAGGUGGACCUGGGCCGAGUCAUGCGUGUUACCCAUGUAGCAACGCAGGGGCGCCCACAAGGAGAUGACCAAUGGGUGACUGAGUACAGUGUGGAGUACAGUCUGAGGGGAGAUCAGUGGCAGAGUUACCAAGACGAGAAUGGCGUGAUUAAGGUGUUCCCUGGCAACUCCGAUAAGACUACGUUGGUGAAGAACGAGUUCUCCCCUGUCAUCAAAGAGCGUUUCUUCAGGAUUGUAGUACAGGCUUGGCGUUUACAUAUCACAAUGAGAGCGGAGUUUUACGGGUGUGAAGCAUGAUUUAAAAAAUGGAACCAUACCCACAAAAUUGUGGUUAAUUAAAAAAGGGUGUUGUUGCCAUAUGGUAUGCUGGUUGGGAAAUUAUCCCUGAUAUCAGUUAUUAUAAGCUAAACUUGGGGUUCAAAAUACGAUGCGAACACGAGGGAAAGGUGAUUUAGAUGAGUGUACUUGACAUGCAACACGAGUGCAAGGUGAUUUAGAUGAGUGUACCUGACAUGCAACACGAGUGCAAGGUGAUUUAGAUGAGUGUACUUGACAUGCAACAUGAGUGCAAGGUGAUUUAGAUGUGUGUAACUCACACGCAACACGAGUGCAAGGUGAUUUAGAUGAGUGUACUUGACAUGCAACACGAGUGCAAGGUGAUUUAGAUGAGUGUACUUGACAUG